UCCGACGAACUGACGAUGUUCACGCGCGUAAGAUAUGCAGAAAAAAACACGUACGACUCAUUCUUGUACGCGAAAUGCACGUCCACGGAAGUUAAUUAUGCAGAUAUAUGCACAUAUGUGCACUUACCUUGUAGAAUUCGAACUAUCAUUUCGAUAAAUGUUUUUAAAUAUUUUACCCAAUACACCGACAAUUACAAUUACGAUAGAAAGACGUAUAAAAUAUUUAUAAAAUUACAAGCUUAUCUCCACUUUUUUCGCCCAAAGAGCAGAUGUUCGCAGACGAUUGCAGACCGAUUUCAGGAAGCACUAUUACGAAUGUCGUACAACGUGACCGCCAUGUCGCCCUGCGCGCAGCCGUAUCUCGGUCCCGGUCUUGGGGGCCUCUGCCCUGGUCCCCAAUUUUUGACCUUCAUGACCCUUCUGGACACGUUCGUCCGCGCGGAGGAUGAAAUUUCUCAACUCUGCGAACGAGUCAGACCAGUCAAUGAACCAGAAAACGUAUACGAUUUCAUCGUAGUUGGGGGUGGAACUGCAGGUUCCGUGGUGGCGUCCAGGCUCAGUGACCUACCGCAAUGGAAAGUUCUGCUGCUCGAAGCCGGCCCCGACGAGCCCCCAGGUGCAGAUAUUCCGAGCAUGGUGGGAAUGUUCCUGGGCACCGUGCUCGACUGGCAAUACAAAACCGUGAACGAACGUUACGCCUGCCAAUCCACCGGAGGAUCCUGCACGUGGCCGCGAGGCAAGGUCCUUGGAGGAACGUCCGUGCACAAUGGCAUGAUGUACAUGCGUGGACACCCCAAAGACUAUAACGACUGGGCGGCUGAGGGCAACGUGGGGUGGUCAUGGGAAGAGGUUUUGCCGUAUUUCAAGUGCUCGGAGAACAACACGGAGAUCAAUCGGGUGGGUCGCAAGUUUCACUCGACCAACGGGUUGCUCAACGUCGGGAGGUUCCCCUGGAGGCCCGCGAUCUACAGCGAUGUGCUAGCGGCGGCCCGUGAGAACGGAUUUCCGAUCUCGGAGGACCUCAACGGCGAGCAGUUCGUCGGGUUCACGGUCGCGCAAAUGAUGCAGAAGAACGGCGUCAGACAGAGCGCGUCCACCGCUUUUCUGCGACCUGUUCGAUACAGGAAGAACCUACAGAUCGCUGUGAACACCACCGCCACCAAGAUCAUCGUCGAGAACAACAAAGCAGUGGGCGUCGAAUACUACCACCACGGUGUGCGUCGAGUUGCACGAGCUGCACGCGAGGUAAUCGUCUCCGGCGGGACCGUCAACUCUCCCCAGCUGUUGCUGCUCUCCGGAAUUGGACCCAAAGAGCAGCUGGAGGCCGUGAACGUCAGCGUCGUUAAAGAUCUUCCCGGUGUCGGAGAGAAUGUACAGAAUCACGUGUCGUACACUCUGUCCUGGACCAUCGACGAGCCCAACGUCUACGAUCUCACUUGGGCGGCUGCUCUGGAGUACGUAGCCUUCCAGAAAGGACCCAUGGCGUCCACCGGGCUCUCCCAAUUGACUGGGAUCAUCCCCUCGGUGUACGCCACCCCCGAUCACCCGGAUCUGCAGUUCUUCUUCGCGGGAUAUCAAGCCGCCUGCAGUGUUACGGGCGAGCUGGGGGCUCUCAUGAGCGACGGACGUAGGAGCAUCAGCAUAACACCCACGAACGUUCACCCGCGCAGCAGAGGAACCCUCCGUUUGGCCAGCAACGAUCCCUUCGCCAAGCCCAUAAUCCACGGGAACUACUUGUCCGAUCCCAUGGACGUGGCCGUCCUGGUGGACGGUAUUCGCAAAGCUCUGUCGUUCGCAAACACCACCGCCAUGUCGAAGUACAACAUGACGUUUGGCGAUACACCCCUGGCGGCCUGUUCCCAAUACCCGUUCAUGAGCAACGACUAUUGGAGCUGCGCCGUUCGCCAGAACACCGGUCCGGAGAACCAUCAGGCUGGCUCCUGCAAAAUGGGUCCGUCCAGCGAUCCCAUGGCCGUGGUGGAUCCCCGACUCAACGUUCACGGCAUCAAGGGGCUACGCGUCGCCGACAUGUCCAUCGCUCCUACGGUGAUGUCCAGCAACACGGCCAGCCCGGCGAUAAUGAUCGGCGAGAGGGCCGCAGCCUUCAUCAAAGAGGACUGGGGUGUCGGCGAAACACAAUGUUCCCGUUUUACGAUCGACAACUCGCUGGAUCUAUUGCUCUGGGGGAUCAAGUACAUCGACUGGGACCAGGGCGUCUGGUAGCCAAGAUCCUCGAACGAUCUAGUCCGCGAUUCAGCCGAGUCUCAGCGUCGCCAAAGAGACGAGUUUCCUUCCUCCACUCGAUCGAGAGUCGAUCGGAAAGCGGAACAGAAAUCCAACGCAACGCUAACGGAUUUACCUUUAACAACUGUUACCAAUAUUAUUAUUAUCAUUAUUAUUAAUUAUUUCGACUUCCUCCGA